AUGUCUCAAUCUAGUACAAGUUCAGUUGUAGAAAUAGACAAGAUCCCAUGGAUUCAGAAGAUCAUUGUUACAGUCGCCAAAGAAUACACAGACAGCCUGCAAGAGGUUGCCAGCCAGCAUCUGCUCGACAAAGUCCACGUGGCAACAGCUGCAGCAACAAGGCACAGGUCCAUUUAUAACGGAAUCAAAGCCGUCUCUUUAGUCUGUGAGGAUCCUGACAUUGUCUUAAUUCAUGAUGCUGUGCGUCCAUUGACCAGUGAGUCUGUUGUCCAGCAAGUCGUGUUAGCUGCCAAAAAACAUGGUGCCGCUGGAGUUGUCCGCCCUUUGGUGUCAACAGUCAUUGCCGUUGACUCCAAUAAUUUUCUUAAACAGUCUCUUGAUAGAAACAGCUACCGUGCCAGUGAGAUGCCUCAGGGAUUCAAACAUGAACUCAUCAAACGAGCAUACGAAAUGUGUACAGACGAUGACUUGGACUAUGGAACCGAAUGUCUACACCUCGUACGCAAAUACACCAAUAUUGGUGCCUACCUCAUUGAUGGACCAUCUUCUUUAUGGAAGGUAACACACAGAAAAGAUUUUUAUACUGCUGAAGGAACCCUAAAAGAAAAAUUUCUCAAAGUUGGUUUGGUCAAUAUUCCUGAUGCCAAUUUGGUAACUGCCCUGAAACGUCAUCUUGAAGACCACCACAUUGAGGUUUGUGCAUUAGACUCUGCUGACCAAUUGCCAAAACAGUUGACCAGUGUCGUCCUGAGUCAGUCAACAGUGAACCUCGAAGAAAUUCUUGAGACCACCGAAGAACUCGCACAAGUGUGGACCGAGGAACCAGGCAGGUUUGUGGCUGGUGGCACAGUAAUAUAUUUGUUCCAUGCUUCUGAACAGGACAACUUCUCGGCCGUUUGGGAUCAACUACAGAAAUCGGCCGAAACGCUUGCUGAUAGCUUCAAGGACAACAUUGCACCAAUUUUCAUUCUGACCAAGGACAACAAAAAUGUGACACGGAUAGUAAAGAUUGUGAAAUCGCUCGUAUGGGAAAUGUCCGACACAUAUUCAGGACAAGUUUUCAUUGCUUAG